AUGGACUGGAGCCUCUUCAAGCGUGCGGUCGCAGAUAGUGAGGAGCCGACGGCGGGGUACAUGUACCGUGAAAUGGCACAAUGGACGUUCAAGGACUACAACGCACAAAUGAAAUUCAUUGGUGCCCUUUUUGAAAAAUUGAGGCCGAGUGCUAGCGCGCACGUGUUGUACAAGGUGCUGCGCAUUAUAAAGGUCAUGUGUGAAACUGGGCACAGCGAUUUUCAGAAGGAGAUGCAGAAGACCAACCGCACCGAGGAAAUCAAGGCCUACGCUGUCUUUCGUGGCGUGCCGGACGUGCGGCAUGGCGACAGCCUUAAUGAGAAGGUACGGCAGGCUGCGCGGGACGCGAUGGAGGCCAUCUUCACGCACCGCAAAGAGGAUCGGCUGUCGAUUGAGACGGGGUACGGCAACAAUGCUAACAGAAGCGGUGGGACGGUGGGGCAAACAACGUUUACCACCGGCAAUGUUUUGGCGGGGGCGGGGGUGGGCGGGCCGAUGGGCGUAUACAGCAACCACAUCGCGCCAAUGCCCAUCACGAACAAGUGGGCGGAGCACAUGGCGCAGCAGGUGGCGGCCGCGAACACCAGCACCGCUAGCCGCAUGCUCUCAACGGUGGUGGAAAAGGCAAAGGUCGGUCUCGGUAUGAUCCAGACGUCGGAAGCAGGAAAGCGUUAUAUGAACGCCAAGGACCAGCUGUACGAGAGCGCCCUCAGGCUGAGCACGACAGGCGCAAUGGCGGCGUCUUUGUCGUCGAUGACCGACACGGGCAGCUUCCAGCCAGUUGAGUUGAGCCUCGACGUACCCUUCGCCCCACCAGGUGGUACAAACAGUAGCAGCGGCUGGAAGUUUAUUGAGGAAAUUGAAAAGAACGGUGAUACGGCGACACACAAGACGAUAAGCGGUAGCUCUGUUCUGCAAAUGCAGCAGCAACCGCUGCAGCUCACGCCACUUCAAGAGUGUGUACAGCGCCUCUGCCAGAUGAAAAAUACACCUCAGCGGGUGGAACUUCAUGCGUUUGUGACGCAGUGUCUCAACAUAGGAGCAGAGAUUAUGCCGCAGCAGGGUGUGGAGGGGGAUGAGAGCGAGGAUGAGGAGGACGGGUGCUGGGAGGAGCUUGCCGAGUCGCUUGACGCACAACUCGCGCAGAAGCAUCCGUGGCAACGGCGGCUCAAUGCGCUUGUGGCGUUGGAGGCCCUUCUGCUCGCUCGCGCUGACGCCCACAACAUUGACGCAGCGGUGACUGGGGCGAUGCAGAAGAAAGUGAUGCGUUACUUUCUCGAGAACCCUGAAGAUGUGGAGCGAAACGUCGUAGUCGUCCAGGCAACGCUGCGAGAGCGUGCGCAGCGUGUUGCAAAGCUGCUUGGUCUCCCCGAGCACGAUGCUUGUAGCAAGGCGGCUGGGCAGGGCACCUGUUCCGCCUUUGUGCCGAAUUCGGAGGCGCAGCAGACGCAGUGCGCAGGCAACGCGAUGCACACCGUCUCGUGGUCGGCACCUCUCCCAACAGCGACAGUAACGGCGGACGGAAGUGGUGGUGGUGGUGGUGGUGUGGGGCGUGACGCGGCGGUGGACCUGAGUGGAAUGACGCUCCGCAGGAAUCCCCGCGGCGUACGAGACAAGACAACGUUGAAGAAACGUGCGCCGAUGCGGUUGGCCGAAGAGGAGGGGGACGAUGAUGAUAGAAAUUAUAACCCAGCAAGCAACAAUAACACCAGCAGCAGUAGCAGCAGCGUCAAAAACAAUAUCGUGAACGACAAUAGCAGGCAUCGUGGCCCUCAAGGUAUACCCGCAAGUGGGAACCACUUCUCUUCCUUGGGUUUCCCGACCACGGCGGCGACGACGAUGACGGAGACGGCAAACAUGGGUGGCACCAACGUUGUUGUUGGAAAUAAUAGCGUGCUGGACGACCUCUUUGGAGGGCCCAGUCCUUCACCUUCCGUGACGGCACAGAGUAAUAACAGCAACACAACUGCGUUUGAUUUUUUUGCGGUGAACAAUGGGGGGGAUCAUGCGCCGUUUGCACCACUGCCUACUCAGGAGGCAUUUGCACCGUAUACGGCGGCAUCCUCGAUGCAAGUCUCGCCGCCUUCAUUGUUCUGCGCAACACCGUCGAUGGAGACCAGUAAUGACAAUGGCAACAACAAUAUAGUAGGUCCCGGUGGUGGCAACUUCCAGGUUCUCUCUCCCCAAACUUCGGCAGCGGCGAUGGCGGGAUCCUAUCCCACAAUGCUAAUGCAGUUGCAGCAGCAGUUGCAGUCCCUCAUGGCCGACUUGCAGCGCAACCCGAGCUCCGCCGCACUCGAACAGCUUCAGAGCCUCAUGGCUCAACAGCAGCAGCUAAUGGCCCUCCUGCCCCAGCAGCAGCAGCAGCAGCNUCGAACAGCUUCAGAGCCUCAUGGCUCAACAGCAGCAGCUAAUGGCCCUCCUGCCCCAGCAGCAGCAGCAGCAGCCACAACAACAACAACAGAUGCUCUGGAGUAA